GGCAUUGCGCACCGCCCGCGGAGAGUCCGGCUACCACUGCAGCGCUCGCGCUAGCUCGCACCUUUUCGACGACGGUGCACUUGAUAUUGAGAAGGAACGAAUACCAGGACUGGUUGGAGGUUUCAGACGUCCAUCCAGCAGUCAUUAGUAUUUUUUUUCACCAGUCAUUUGGAAACCUGGGCAAAAACCUUUGUUAAAGGAAGAACAAAGAUCUGUUUUUAAUUUUUUUUUUUUUUUUGUUUUUAUCUUCAUCGAGACUUCCGUUCAUGGUAGAAUCUUUAUGUGUGACAGACGUGAAUAUUUUUCUACUAUCAGGAAGUAGUGCUUUUUUUUUAAUCAAGCACUGCAGACAUACAGCAUGACCGAAUUUUGGGUUUGUUUCAGUUGCUGCAUUGCAGAACAACCACAGCCAAAGAGAAGACGAAGAAUAGACCGUUCUAUGAUUGGUGAACCCAUGAACUUUGUCCACACAACACACGUGGGAUCAGGGGAUAUGAGCAAUGGACUUGGGACGGUUGCAACACUUCAGGAACAAAUGAAAUCUAAAGGAGGAUAUGGAAGUGAAGCAACAAAUAUUCAUGAAUAGGGCAUAUACAGUUAGUGAUAAUGUAAAAUAUAAAUUGUAUUUUUUUUUUGUAUGCAGGCAGCAUAGUGGGUAAUGCUGUUUUACAUUCAAUUUUUUAUAUUUAACAACCUAUUAUAAUGGUUUACAUUUCAUUUAGGUUUUCUUCUUUUUUCAUAAUUUCUAGCCAGAAUUCUGGGGCAAAAGUUUGUACAUUAUUAUAGAAGAGUUUCUUUCCAUCACCUUUUUAUUUUUUUUUUUAUCUUUACUUUUUUCAUUUUUUUAAUGAAUGUUCAGUUUAGUGGUAUAUAACAGUUACAUAAAUCUUGUUUUUUUCAUGGUGUAGAGAAACAUAAUUUUCUAAUUCAUAUUGACUUAAAAAAUUUGUAUUACCCUUGUAUUUUAAACUGUCAUUCUGUAUUAGACAUAACCAUAAGAGUACAUUUGUAAACUUGAGUUGAUUUUCAGUGGCUUGGCUAGAUGUGUAAUGAUCAUCUAUAAUUUAGCACUUUCUCGUGUAUUCUCGUGACAAGCCUUCAUUUUUGCAGUGCUUGGGACCAUUUAUUUUCUUGCCUAGUAUUAAAUUUUGUGUUUUACCAAGUUGUGGCUGGACCACUUGAUCUGCACAUGCCAAACUGAAUGGCUGUUGUAUUUUGAUGUUUUUGACUUUAAGAUGUCCGGUUAAUUCAAAGUGAAUAUGUGUAGUUAUACAAAAUUAAUUUCACAGAUUGUAAUUAGGGAAUUGUGGUCACUAAAGUGUUGAAUCUGAUUUUAAAAAUUUAUCACAGACUUGAAGAUUCAGUAAUGUCUUUUGCUUUAUAGACACUGUAAAAUUGUAUAUUGCACUUCCACUUUUGCCUUUCAUUGCAUUGUUGAAUUCUGUUUAUUUUAAAACAGAACUGGGUUGUAAUGUUUCAAAUUUGUGUACGUUAAUAAAUUGUCAUUUUAUUAUUUUUAA